AUGUCACAGCGUGAUUAUUCGAGGGGUCGGAAUGUGGUACGUAGGUGCGUGGACAUCGUAAAUACUAAUCAUCUUUUCAAGAUUCAACCAUCAACCAUGGAAGCUCUGUACUUUAAUAUUAAUGGUGGCUACCUGGAGGGAAUUGUAAGAGGUUACAAGAGUGCUAUACUCACUUCCACUCAAUACCUCAAUCUUACACAAUGUGAAACCUUGGACGAUUUAAAACUUCAGUUAAGUGCCACGGACUAUGGUAACUUCUUAGCGAAUGAACCUUCGCCUAUAGCCACAUCAACCAUAAAUGACAAGGCAACGCAAAAACUUGUUUCCGAAUUCGAGUACGUUAGAAAAAAUGCAGAGGAACCUUUGUCCAAAUUCUUGGAUUAUCUGACCUAUGCAUACAUGAUUGAUAAUGCGAUACUCCUAAUAACAGGUACUUUGCACGAACGUGAUACUCAUGAAUUACUGGAGAGAUGUCACCCUUUGGGAGUAUUUGAUUCUAUGCCUGCAUUAUGCGUGGCAACCAAUGUCAUUGAAUUAUAUGAAACCGUGAUGGUGGAAACUCCACUUGCUCCGUACUUUGUAAAAUGCUCGGCCAGCGAUAUAGAUGAAUUAAAUAUUGAGAUUAUUCGCAAUACCCUCUAUAAAGCAUAUCUCGAGGACUUUUAUGCUUUUUGUAAAAGUCUCGGCGGUGUGACUGCAGAGCUGAUGUGUGAAAUUCUGGAGUUUGAAGCUGACCGUCGUACCAUUAACAUAACCAUAAACUCCUUUGGUACCGAAUUGUCGAGGGAUGAUCGUGCAAAGCUAUUUCCAAGCCUAGGAAAGUUGUUUCCGGAAUCUCAAGCUAAGCUUGCAAGAGCUGAUGAUAUUGAUCAAGUUAAAUCAACUGUUGAAGUUUGGGCGGAAUAUCGUCCCUUAUUUGACACGACGUUGUCAUCGUUUGGUGGAACGGACACAAGUGAGGCCAAAACACUAGACGAUCGGUUCUUCGAGUAUGAAGUUAAUCUCAACAAACUCACCUUUCAACAACAAUUUCAUUAUGCUAUAUUUUACGCAUUUUUGAAGUUGAAGGAACAAGAAAUUAGGAAUAUUGUAUGGAUCGCCGAAU